AUGAUGUUUGCCUCCAGUACUACCAGCCGAUUCCUGUCGUCAGUAUCACGGAAAAGCCGCAGCAGUGUUUACGCCCGUCUUUUCCAUGCCAGUCCUCAAGCAGAAGCCAAACUCAAUGUCGAAGGAUUGGCAGAGAAAGUGAAUCUGGAGGGACAAAACGUGUUGGUUCGUGUGGACUUGAAUGUGCCGCUGGACAAGGAGGAUGCAAUGAAAGUGACGGAUGAUACUCGGCUGAAAGCCAUUGUCCCCACUACGAAAUUUUUGUUGGACAAGGGCGCCAAUGUGAUUUUGUGCAGUCAUUUUGGACGUCCAAAGGGACAAGUCAUUGAAACGGGCAAAAAUGGUCGUUUGACUCCCGUGGUCAAACCCUUGGAAGAACUAUUGGGUGUCCCCGUCACCAAAGUGGAUGAUUGCGUGGGUCCCGACGUUGAAGAUGCUGCCUCCCAUUUGACCAAGGGACAAGUAUUGCUACUCGAUAACACCCGCUUCCACGAGGGAGAAACCAAAAAUGAUCCAGAACUCAGUGCCGGACUCGGAAAAUUGGCCAAUUACUUUGUCAUGGAUGCCUUUGGAACAGCCCAUCGAGCUCACUCCAGUACUGCUGGUGUCACGGAACACGUGGAAUACAGUGCCGCUGGAUAUCUCAUGGAAAAGGAAUUGAAAUACUUGAUUGGAGCCGUAGAAGAACCCAAGCGUCCCAUGAUGGCCAUUGUUGGAGGUGCCAAAGUCAGUACCAAAAUUCCCGUCAUUGAAUCUUUGCUAGAAAAAUGCGAUGUCAUUCUGCUGGGUGGUGGUAUGAUCUUUACAUUCUACAAAGCACAAGGAUUGGAUAUUGGGGCCAGUUUGGUGGAAGAUGACAUGGUCGAGUUGGCCAAGGAACUCAUGGAAAAGGCCGCUGCCAGCGGAGUCAAGCUCAUCUUGCCAGAGGACGUUGUAUUGGCCGAUAAAUUCGACAAUGAUGCCAACACGGCCAUUGCCCCCGUGACCGAAAUUUCGGGUGACUGGAUGGGCCUGGAUAUUGGACCAAAGUCCAUUGAAACAUUCCAAAAGGAAAUUAGCGAGGCCAACACGAUUAUAUUCAAUGGUCCCAUGGGUGUCUUUGAAAUGUCCAAUUUUGCCGAUGGAACAUUUGCCGUCGCAGAGGCCAUGGCCAAGGCCACGGAACGAGGAGCUACAACAAUUGUGGGAGGCGGAGACGCUGUGGCGGCUGUGAACCAAGCAGGAUAUGGGGACAAGGUCUCUCACAUUAGCACAGGAGGAGGUGCCAGUCUGGAACUCUUGGAAGGCAAGGAACUCCCCGGGGUAGCUGCUCUAACGGAAGUAUAA